GAGAGAGAGAGAGAGAGAGAGAGAGAGAGAGAGAGAGAGAGAGAGAGAGAAAAAAAAUCGGGAAAGAAGAAGCAAAUAGCAAAGAGACGCCAAUUAGACCGGCAAAAUCGGCCCGGAGCCGUGGAGAGCAUAGCCACUUGGCUACUUCUGCAUCGUCGGUUUUUUAAAUCAGACUUUUGAAGAUAUUAUUUUCACAGUUGGCUUAUUCUAUCGAUGCUGUUGGCUUGAAUUGAGUUUUUUUUCAAGGUAAUUUACGGCCACAGUAGUUGGACCGCGUUUUACAUUGUGUGCUGUGCCUAGCUCUCAGUGGAUUAAACGUUCGUCUCCGGAGCCUGCUGCAGAGGAAUAGGGGAAUUUCAGCACCCUGGACAGCGACUAGCAGUUGAGGCAGUGGCGAAGCCGGCACGUGGCGUUAGGCGAGAGGAUGUUGUGUCUCUGGCCCAGUGUGAGAGCCUCCCUCCGGGAAAGCUGGCGUUGGACGCGGGGCCCAACGGGCCGCUGACCCCCCCCUCCCUUGUCUCUGUGAUUUAUGGCUACUGGGGAUCUGGCCACUGCAGAAUCCUCUUUCGCUUUCACAUUCACAAACACAUACACUGCACCACUGGACAGAGCCACACACACUGCACCACCUUCGCCAGUGCUGCCCCACAGGGUGAUUCCGCCACACACUGAAUAACAGAAUCUCUCUCAGCCUCCACACGCACUGAGGGACUGAGCUGCACAAACACACUGCUUUUCUCUACCCCAUAGAACCUCACAUUGCACUCUGUGUCCUAUACAUGCCCCUCACACACCCCUCUGUGUAUCUUCCACUCCCCCUCAGUGUGUGGAUUAGCAUCCCAGUAUCAGUCAUGGACCGUCAGCCAUAUAGCACCUCACUGUGGCGCCUGCUUUACUAGCAGGGGGGGAAUCAAUGGAACUGCGCUGAGUGAUGAGAUGAUGUUCCUGUGUUCGCAUGGCCUGAGAAAUGACCUACCAGCAGCCCUGCAAAGACUGACACACCCUCCCCGCCCCUCCCCCACAACUUCACUGUUUUUACUCACUGGACUGACUCUCAAUAGAUUAACUGUAUGACUCACUGGUGUUCCCAUAGGAACCGAUUAUUUUUCUAAACUCGGACACCGUGAACUGGAGGUGAGGGCCAGCAGGCGGUCGGGUCCAGUCCUCGCCAUGGUGUUGCCACCUCCGGACAAAUGCCACGUGUGCCUGACCACCAUCGUCAUCAUGACCAGCAUGGCCUUCAUGGACGCCUACCUGGUGGAGCAGAACCAGGGGCCCAGGAAGAUCGGCGUGUGCAUCAUUGUGCUAGUCGGGGACAUCUGCUUCCUCAUCGUGCUGCGCUACGUGGCCGUGUGGGUGGGCGCCGAGGUACGCACGGCCCGCCGCGGCUACGCCAUGAUCCUCUGGUUCCUCUACAUAUUUGUGCUGGAAAUCAAGCUCUACUUCGUCUUCCAGAACUGCAAGGCGGAUAGGAAGUCUCUGGAGACUGUGGCCCGGAAAGCCUUGACUCUGUUAUUGUCCGUGUGCGUCCCAGGGCUUUACUUGGUUCUAGUGGCUCUGGACAACAUGGAGUACGUGAGGACCUUCAGGAAGAAGGAGGACAUGCGGGGGAGGCUCUUCUGGGUGGCUCUAGAUCUUCUGGAUCUUCUGGACAUCCAGGCCAACCUGUGGGAACCUCAGCGGACCGGCCUGCCAAUCUGGGCCGAGGGACUGAUGUUUUUCUACUGCUACAUCCUCCUCCUCAUCCUGCCCUGCGUCUCGCUCAGUGAGAUCUCCAUGCAAGGGGAGCACGUGUCGCCGCAGAAGAUGAUGCUCUAUCCCAUCCUCAGCCUAGUCACCAUCAACGUGGUCACCAUCCUGAUCCGUGGGGUCAACAUGGUCCUGUUCCAGGACAGUAGAGUCUCGACCAUCUUCGUGGGCAAGAACGUGGUGGCGAUCGCUACGAAGGCGUCCACGUUCCUGGAGUACCGGCGUCAAGUGAAGGAGUUCCCCCACCCGCAGAACACCAUGGCAUUGGAGCUGCAGCAGAACUCGGUGUGCCAUGGACAUGCGCCCCACACGUCGCACUCGCAGACCCUGCCCAACUCCACCAACCUGCCCCACGAACCCUCGCCAGCUCGCGACAUAGACACAUGACCGCCAGACACAUGAGUCACUCCACCGUUGUGAUCAGUGACUAACCAAAACCCUAAGUUCUGGCUGGACUUGUUCUAUCUAUCCAGCCGUGGAGGUGUUGGUGUUAAGAGAGAAAUGGGUUUCAAGACAGGAUUGUAAUUGUUCUUCCUGUCAUACAACUGUGAACAACUGUGGAUAUAACAACUAGAGGGAUAUUUAUAGCCUAGACUGUCUGUUGGAGAAGGAGAAAGAUUCACCUUGAUUCUGACAAGAAGGAACUGACAUGGUUUUUAUUGAAUUGUGUAUCGAAUUGUGUUUUUAAAUUAACCGUUUUAAAACUUUAUUAAUAAUAUCGGACAAUCUCCAUAUUCUGCAGCUCAGUGAUGUACGUAUGUUGUGUAACAGUAAAUUGGAAAAUGUGUUCCUCCCUGAAUAUAUAUGGGAUUUUUUUCAAAUGCCCCUUUUUCGACAGUCCAUUGCGUGGCUUUUAUUCUUUGUUGUCCUUAGAAACGGAGGUACACCCCUCGCUCCGAAGAAGCACUUCAGUUGAAGUGGAGAAAGAGAGGAUGGAGAGAACGGGAAGGAGAAAGGGGUCAAUAAGAAGGUUUGUUUGAGCCGCGGUGGGGGAUGGGUGCCAAUAGAAGAGUGAAAUUCAGCCUCUGCUUAGUUCUGCUGAGAAAGGAGCCUGCUGCCUCUGUCAGUGUGAUGUUUUAUGACCAAAUGUCUGAUAAAAGCACCAGAGCUCAGCACUAUACACUCCACUCAAGGCAGCCAACUCUCUCUGUGUGUGUGUGUGUGUGUGUGUGUGUGUGUGUGUGUGUGUGUGUGUGUGUGUGUGUGUGUGUGUGUGUG